AUGGACAGUCUCGUCAGAAACGGUCCUUACUCCAACAAACUUUUGCUGAAUGCGAUAUACCUGCAGAGCAGUCUGUAUAGUGACCGCACUUGCCUUCGGAUGGACUCCGCAGAUCCACAGAGCAGAGGAAUGGCAUAUUACAACCGUUUCAAGGUUUUGCUCGCCGACUAUGUUGACAAACCCACAAUACCUACUGUUGUGGCUCUGUUGACAUGUGUUGCGUGCUUGGUGCCUCGUGGCAUGCAAAGUGCCGGCUGGAUCUUCUGUGGUAUUGGAUAUAGGAUGCUUACCGACAUUGGUUGUCAUUUUGAUGUUCAGACAGUCGCCCUCGACAGUUCAAACUACCGCGCCUCGGCUAUUGAUCUGGAGCUUCGGAAGAGAGUCUAUUCGGGGGCCUACGUAGGAGACAUGCUCCAGUCCCUCUUCUUAGGGAGGUCUCCCACUAUGCCUGAAGUACAUGGAACCGUCUCUAGAGAGUAUUUUGACUCUUAUGAAGAGCUUGAAGAGUGGAAGCCAUACAACGAUCCUUUGAUUGAGCCCUUGGGUAUGCGCGUAUCAUCAUACCAACCGCGGCCUUCAUAUGCCCUCAGCACCUUCCAAAGCCUUAUUCGGCUAUGCGACAUCAUGGGCCGAGUCAUCCGAGCAUUCUACUCAACAACCAGUGCAGAGGCCUCUGAAGAGACUUUGCUAGAGGAGCGAGACAGGCUCAGGGAACAGCUGUUGACGUGGAAAGCGGAACUCCCAGGAUGGCUUCAAUUCGAACCAGGGGUUUAUGCCACUCCGCCACCACAUCAGAUCACACCCUAUGCCAUAUUUUGGACCUUGAUCAUCCUGACUGAGCAGGCAUUCCUUAAUCGUGGCCACUUCACGUUCACUUUGGACACCGAAUCAAAAAGAGAGGCUGAAGAGAGAUGCCUCAACGCCGAUUUUCGUAUUUGGAAGCUUGUUGAGGUUUAUAAGCAGACUUUCACUCUCCGUCGCGCUCAGUAUGGCAUAUCAUAUGCAAGCUACUGUGCGGUUGUAGUCAUACUGCAGCAGGCUAGCCAUGAUUCUGAGGAGCAUAUCAAAUGCAUCCGCUUCUUUUGGCUUGCUUUACUUGAGUAUCAGAGAGGAUGUAACGACGGCUUGAAACGGCCCCUGAAAUUACUGAAGUCGCUCAUGCGUCGGUUAGAAGGGAUCGCGCAGGAUAAUGAACCGGAGGAUACGAGUGGCAACAACCAGCAAUUACCGGACCUCCAAGCGGACUUCAACUCUUUAUUUGGUUCGUUUCACGGAGCCGAGGGGGUGGCCUCGUGGCACGGGGUUACAGACUUGUGGGAUCCAUCAGCCAGCACCAACCUGCUUUUCGAAGAUGCAAACUUGGGUGUCAUAGAUGAUAGUGUCUUUGGGUUCUGUGUGUAG